UGCACGAGAAUGACGGACUCCGCCGGCCCAGACCCCGCCACCGUCCCGGAUCAGGCGGUUGUGGAUCCCGCGGUGGUACGGAACGGCCAGCGCGAGCAGCAGCCCGAGACGGGGAGCGAGAGAGAAGUCGUCAAGAUGGACCAAGAGAUGAGGAUCACCGACAGCAUCGAGGACCAAGGUCUUCUGGAGAGCAGCAUGCGCCUGAAGCCCCACGAAGCGCAGAGCUACCGCAGGAAGGCGCUGUGGGUAUCCUGGGUGUCCAUCGUGGUGACCAUGGCUCUGGCCAUAGCCGCGUUCACUGUUUCCAUAAUGCGACACAGUGCCUCGGCUUUUGGAUUCGCUUUUGACGCCACGCUGGACGUGCUGUCCUCCAUCAUCGUGCUGUGGCGGUACAGCAACGCCGCGGCGGUUCACUCGGCGCACCGCGAGUACAUAGCCUGUGUGGUCCUAGGUGUGGUUUUCAUCCUGUCCUCCCUGUGCAUCCUGGGAAAGGCCAUCCAUGAUCUGGCAACCAAGCUGCUCCCAGAAGUGGAUGACUUCCUGUUCAGUGUGUCCAUCGUCAGUGGCCUGUUGUGCAUCAUCCUGGCUGUGAUCAAGUUUAUGCUUGGAAAGGUUCUCACCAGCAGAGCCCUUAUCACGGAUGGGUUCAACUCCCUGGUGGGGGGAAUCAUGGGCUUCUCCAUCCUCAUCAGCGCCGAGGUCUUCAAGCACGAGCCCAACGUGUGGUACCUGGACGGCACGACGGGCGUCCUCAUCGGCCUCGUCAUCCUGGCCUACGGAGUCAAGCUGUUGGUGGACAUGGUGCCGCGGGUCCGUCAAACCAGGAACUACGAGCGCUUUGAGUGA